AUGGUGGCCCUUUCUCAGUCGGAUGUAGCGGACAUCAACACUCUCUCACGCUAUCUGUCUUGCUCGCAAGUCUCUUCGCUCUACGCCUGCUCUGCCGUCGAUGUCGUUGUCUUCUGUGGCAACGCAAUCCUGCCCAUUGCCGACCACGUCUUCUCAGUCCUGGAAGCGCGUCAAGAUCUGACAAAGGUCCUGGUCAUCUGCGGCGGGAUUGGACAUUCUACACGAUUCCUCUAUGAAGCUGUUCGCGCCCAUGACCAAUACUGUCGGCUGGCCGAUGAAAUUGAUGGGCUUCCCGAGGCUGUCGUCUAUGAGCGGAUUCUCUCCGGGUAUUACCCCAAACUCCAUGGACGAAUCAAGUCGGGUGAGAUGAAAUGCAUUAUUGAAGCCAAUUCGACCAAUUGUGGAGCCAAUGCCAUUGAGACGCACCGAGUGCUCGAGGCAAAUUCGAUCCCACCGCCCAGAUCCUGUAUCAUCGUCCAGGAGCCGACGAUGUCGCUGCGCACACUGGCUGCCUUUCAGCACACUUACCAAGACGUGGAGCCGUCUCCCGAGUUUCUCGCCUGUCCAACGUUCAUCCCUCUGGCUUCUCUAGAUGAAAAUGGUAUGCUGCGUAUCACAGCAGACACAUCAGGUAUUGAGUCCUCCGCACUUUGGGAUAGCCACCGUUUCAUUGACCUUCUGAUGGGGGAAAUCCCUCGAAUACGAGACGAUAAGAACGGAUAUGGCCCAGAAGGAAAAGACUUCAUUGUUCACGUUGAUGUUCCAGAGGAAGUGGAGGCUGCCUGGGCGCGGCUCAGCAAAAUCCUGCACUUCAAGCGCUGA